CCAAUUUUAGGCCGUUCCUUCCAAAUUCCCAACCGCUUUUCAGUUCCUCAACCGAAACCGACUCGCCCGAGUCUCAGAACUCGAACUCAGCAAACCAAACAAAUAGUCCUUCAUGACACCGCCUCGCCCUCUGCUCUCAAAACCCAUCCGACCAUCGACACCUCCUCCGCCGUUGCCAUCAUCCUUCAACAAAGCCUCAAAACUGAGCCCAAAUUGGAAUAGUGCAUCUGGGUACCGUCUCCAUGCUCUCCGACCCAUCGUCUUCAUGGCCGCCAGCUCGAGGCCGGGCGUUUCUUCUGCCCCACAACACUCAUCCUCCCUGCCCAUCAGUUCCGAUAUCGUUUCCGAUGCCGGAGUCGGUCAGAAUUCAGCAAAUUCACCAAAUAAAGUAGAAGCCGUCGAGGAAUACUUAGACAAGGUGGUAUACAGAUUUCGGUUCUUGGCGUUUAUGGGAGUUUUGGGGUCUUUGAUUGGGUCAUUUCUUUGUUUCAUCAAGGGCUGCACUUAUGUGGUACAGUCUUUCAUGGAGUACUCUGUAAAUCGCAGUAAAGUAAUCUGGUCGCUGGUUGAGGCUAUUGAUGUUUAUCUUUUGGGAACAGUGAUGUUGGUGUUUGGAAUGGGUCUUUAUGAGCUCUUUGUCAGUAAUCUCGGUCCUUCGGAAUCUUCGGCAGAUGAUAAAGCUUCUCACAAAUCAAAUCUUUUUGGCAUGUUCACUCUAAAGGAGCGACCGAAAUGGUUGGAUAUCACAAGCGUGAAUGAGCUGAAAACGAAGCUUGGCCAUGUGAUAGUGAUGCUACUUCUAAUUGGGUUGUUCGAGAAGAGUAAGAAAGCUGUUAUACAAUCUCCUCUGGACUUGCUUUGUUUUUCCGCGUCUGUCCUCCUUGCUUCUGUUUGCCUCUUUUUAUUGUCUAAGCUCAGCGACUAGACUUGAAAGGCCACAAUAUAGACACAGCUGCAUAUAUCUUUCAUACAGCUUGUAAUGAAAUGUGUAUGGAUAAAGAUCACUUGCCAGAA